AUGGCUGCUCCAGCUUACUUCACACACCGACACUCGCCUGCCAACAUUCAUUGCCCACAACAACUCAUGGAAGCACUGCUUCCGAGUGUGAAGCUCGUAUCAGACUCUGCAAUGGAUGACCUUGUAACCAUUCAUGCAACGGUUGAAAAGCAGCAGAGAAACUGCCGAGUGGGAGGGAUCCACCGCCAAGUAGCCCCACCGUCUCCUAGGCAACAGCAGUCACGCAAAUCAACAAGCGGCAACAGCGUCCCACAAUUCAAGUCUUUCAACAAGGAGCGGUCACUGGCCAUCGUUGCUGUUUCACCGUAA